ACUCAACCACAAAUCACUCGUCUUAGAAACGAAAUGGAAGAAACUAAAAGAAACAUAUUAGAUGAAGAAGCUAAAGCUUCUCUAGACAUCUGGAGAUAUGUCUUUGGGUUUGCAGAUAUAGCAGCUGCAAAGUGUGCCAUCGAUCUUAAGAUACCAGAAGCCAUUGAAAACCACCCUUCUUCACUUCCCAUCACACUAGCCGAGCUUUCCGUCGCAGUCUCUGCCUCUCCGUCACAUCUCCACCGUAUAAUGAGGUUCCUUGUGCACCAAGGAGUCUUCAAAGAAGUCCCCACGAAAGAUGGUCUAGCCACAGGCUACACUAACACGCCACUCUCUCGCCGUAUGAUGAUCACAAAACGCGACGGCAAGUCUCUGGCUCCUUUCGUUCUCUUCGAAACAAGUCCCGAUAUGCUAGCUCCGUGGUUAAGACUGAGCUCGAUUGUCUCUUUUCCGACCAACGGUUCACAUCCACCACCUUUUGAUGCGGUGCACGGUAAAGAUGUGUGGGCUUUAGCGGAGGAUAAUCCAUGCCUCAGCCAUAUGAUCAAUGAGGCCAUGGCUUGUGACACAAGGCGCGUGGUGCCACUUGUCGCUGGAGCUUGUCACGACUUGUUCGAAGGCGUGGCAACGAUGGUGGACGUAGGAGGCUGUACCGGAGAGACGAUGGGAAUAUUGGUUAAGGAGUUUCCUUGGAUCAAAGGGUUUAACUUUGAUCUUCCUCACGUUAUCAAAGUUGCUCAAGUCUUGGAUGGUGUUGAGAAUGUCGGAGGCGAUAUGUUUGAUUCUGUGCCCAAAUGUGACGCCGUUUUCAUCAAGUGGGUGUUACAUGAUUGGGGAGACAGAGAUUGCAUAAGAAUAUUAAAGAAUUGCAAGGAAGCUGUCCCACCAAAUAUCGGGAAAGUGUUGAUAGUGGAAUCUGUAAUCAGAGAGAAGAAAAAGACGAUGAUAAUGGAAGACAGAGAUGAGAAGUUAGAGCAUGUGAGAUUGAUGCUUGAUAUGGUGAUGAUGGCUCACACAAGCACAGGCAAAGAACGGACUUUGAAAGAAUGGGACUUUGUUCUUAACGAAGCUGGUUUUGCUCGAUAUGAAGUUAGGGAUGUUGAUGAUGUUCAGUGUGUUAUCAUCGCAUAUCGGUAAUAAAAAGAAGAUAUGAGAGGGUUGAAGCCAAACUGAGGAAGUGACAAAACUGAAUCUAUUUGCGAUUAUCGGUUAAGUGGUAAGCGUGAGAAGUUAUGGCUAAGUGUGAUAAAUCGUGUUUCAGAAUAAUCAAGGCUUGUAUCAUUACCUGCCGUGGCGUGUUUAUUGUGUUUUUUCUUUGUAUUAUCACAUGCUUUUGUAUUUUCCAUUUAUUAUUUGUGUUCUGGUAAACCAACCUUGUUUGAUCAAACAUCAUUUCGAAACUGUAAAAACGAAAAUGGGCAUUUGUGUU